AUGCAAGAACCCUGCAGUGUCCUCUUCUCAUUAUUCAAUCUCCUGGCGCACGAAUACGGUAUUGCGAAGGUGAAAGAAUACAUACCGGCCAGCUAUAGACUACGGCGAUACUAUCUACUCUUUGGGUAUUUCGGUCUGGCGAGCUGGACCUUUAGUAUGAUAUUCCACACCAGGGACUUCAAUAUCACGGAGAAGCUGGAUUAUUUCGCAGCUGGCGCGAGUGUUAUGUAUGGGAUGUACUACUCGCCCAUCAGGAUCUUUCGUCUAGACAAGCCGGACGCCAUCAAUGGCAAGACUGGGACUGUCUUACGCCUGUGGACGAUAGUGUGUGUGUCACUUUACCUAGCACACAUCGGCUACCUAACCUUCGUGCGCUUCGACUACACGUACAACAUGGCAGCCAAUGUCGUCGUCGGGAUCGUGCAGAAUAUCCUCUGGACAUGGUUCUCCGUGCAGCGAUUCAGGAAAGUGGGCAGGCUAUGGGCUGCCUGGCCGGGUCUGAUCGUGGCUUGGUUGAUCUUGGCCAUGAGUCUGGAGCUCUUUGAUUUCCCGCCUUGGUGGGGAAUGGUGGAUGCGCAUGCUCUCUGGCAUCUUGGGACGGUUGGGCCGACGAUCUGGUGGUACAACUUCCUUAUCAAGGAUGCGCAGGAGGACUUGCAGAGUGUCAGGUUGAAGGCUUGA